AUGGAGCUGGCGAAGCACGCCACCCAUGCCGCACUGGAGAUGGAAAACACGCGGAGGUUGGUGGAAAGGUACAUCCUCGGCACCGACGUGCUGACUAUCAGCGACGUGGAGCCGACGGCCGGCCAGAUUGAGGGCGGCGGGCCUCCCAACUACUCGGCCUACGCGUAUCCGCUGAACUCGGAGAGCUGGCCCACGAACUAUCCCGUGCCAGAGCCGCCGACCUUGGACAAGGAGUACCUCCUACCCGCGAAGGUGAAGGUCGACUUCUCACCGGCCCUCUGGGCGGCGACCUUGCCCCCGCAGCGCCCCGUGCGCGGGCGGCCUGUGGGGGACUUCUUGUGA